AUGAAAUUACAAUAACUUUUUUCUUCUUUUAGAGCAUCUCGUGAAGAAGAUAAUAUGAAGGUGAUAAGGCGGGAGUUUUAUUUGGUUUGCCCAUCCACGAGCACUAAUACUUCGAUACGAUCUUCGACCCCAGUACCAUCCCCCGCAGGAGUCACUAAGCACUUACAAAAUUUGGAUCUGUUGAUGAUAGACUCAACGAGUUGCCAUGAAACAUUAACAUCAGUAUCUACUAGUAAUCGUUGCCAGGAACCAACCAACAGUGACAAAGAUGUUCAGGAAGUAUCCUCUAUGAACUGUAGUUUUCCAGCAAAGUUGGUAAAAUUUAUUCGUGAGAUCCAAAAAGAAGAAGGUAGUACUACAUAAGUGUAGUACACUUUCGUUACGUCGCACAGUAAGAUCGAGGAGUAAACGAUUUACUUCGAAG